UGGCUCUGGGCUCAGCCAAGGUGUGCAGACAGGCCGUACCAUUCUGCGCAUCCGGGCCCUGGGUGACAGACACAUCACACAUCUCUCACACCCUAAGACACUGCCAGCAGCUCCUGCCAUGGACAAGUGGUACCUGGGUGGCAGCUCCAAGGAUGACGUGGACCCAUUCUACUAUGAUUAUGAGACCGUUCGUAAGGGGGGUCUGAUCUUCGCUGGCCUGGCCUUCGUCGUGGGACUCAUCAUCAUCCUCAGCAAGAGAUUCCGCUGUGGGGGGAAUAAGAAACGCAGACAAGUUGGCGAAGACGAACUGUGACCAAGAGUCAGCCCUGGCUGCCCAAUGGAAGUGGAGGAUCUCUAAGUUGUCCCGGGGCUGGGGAUCCCUUGACCUGUGUCUGCCAGCACCUGGGCUGAAGGUGGAGCCAGGCUCACCGUGAUCCCCGAGGAGUGCAGGGGUGGGGGCACCUCUUCCUGCCCAUGCCACUCUUGCCCCCAAUAA